AUGCCCCUUCAAGGAACAUAUGAAGUAAAACUUGGGCAGAGCUUUAUAGAUCCCUCCCAGAAUUACUUCAUGACCAUGAGGUGCAAUUUCCUACCUGCAUCAGUCGACAAGGACCAACCAGGAACAAUCAAAAUUAAUGAUGAUAAUGAAGUUGGCGUACGCCUACCAAACGUCCCUGGGGCAGAACAACCUUCGACAUUGUUUAAGGGAAACAUUCGGCCGGUUCAGAAAGAAUGCAUUCUCAUUUACAAUAAGGCAACAAAUGAAUUAACACUCGAGCGGAUAUCCAAAGCUGCACAGUUGAAGAAGAUUCGUGAUGGGUCGUCUUGUAAAAGGCCAAAAGUUUCUCAACAGCCGCCCGUAGUACCUAAUCCCACUACUGCAUCGGGUCAAGUAUCCAAGCCAAAGGUUCGAACAAUGUCUGAAUCCAGUUCCGACGAGGAUAAACAUCCUAGCAAACCAAAGCCCAAGUCCCCCUUACUUCACAGACCUCCCGCAGUUGUGUCAAACAGCCAGACAAUUCUAAAACGCUCAACUCUAAGUUCUUCGUCAUCAUCAAGUGAUAGUGAAGGUGAAGUUCCUAACAGUCCCGUGCAAAAAUUUGGAAACCGACAGCCCUCAAGUCUUUCAAGUUUAAGCGACAUAGAUGAUACGAAAGUUCCACAAUCUCAGGCGAAACCCGCAUUGAACCUGGAUUUGCAAUCGUCUGCGUCCCUUCAACGCGCCCUCGUUGCUAAUGACCUGCAUCUAAGUGAAUCCGAAUCUGACGACGACUCACUGUAG